AUGCAGGAAGAGAAGGAUAAAGAAAGAAGACAAAAGGCAGUUGUUGAUGGCAAAAUUGUUGAUCCAUACAUGCCACCUCGACGUGUCUGGGAUCUUUACAGCAAUCGUGUAGUGCCAUCAUGGAUUGCUAAAAAAAGACCUCUGCCCAUAUCACAUGCAUGGUUGGAUGAGGAGAAUCGGAUUGCAGUGUAUACUCCUAUUAAUGGGAAGGAGUGGCCUGUGCCAAUGCCAAAGAGUGCUGAUCUUCAUCUCAUUCGCAUUGAGAUGUUAAACCUGGAAGCUGAGUAUGUGUGGUUGGAUGUGCUCUGCUUAAGGCAGAACAGUAGCUUAGAUCAGCUGAAAGAGAAGCUGCGUACAGAUGAGUGGAAGCUGGAUGUACCAACUAUUGGAAAUGUGUAUGAUUACACAAUAGUGGUAAUUUACCUGAGUGGGCUUGGGCUGCCUUUCAGUUUGAAGGAGGGUGACUUUGAAAGUGAGCGGUGUUGGUUUCAGCGUGCAUGGACACUACAGGAGAUUGGAUUAAAAAGGAUUAUUGCUGGAGAUAUGCCUUCUGGACCUCUACAUGUGUGUCCAGUGCAUGGGAGCCAAGACUAUAAAGGAGAAAUACUGAUGCAGUUUCAAAAAGAGCUUGAGUUAGUGCAUAAUAUCAUGUGGUCACCAACAGGAAGAUCAUGGGGUAAUCUUUUCACAAUUCUUGCUGAGAUGCAAAAGCGAAAAUCAACAAAUUCUAUAGAUAAAAUUGCAGGACUAUCAUUCCUUUGUUGGUCAGAGAAAAUACCAGCAUACUAUGAAAAUCAGUCUGUGGAAGAUGCAUGGACAGCACUAGUCAAUGUAAUGGCUAUGGAAAAGCGAGGAGAAUUGUUCUUCUGGUAUCCUGAGCCAGGAAAUUCAGGUGUAAAAUGGAGACCAACAUGGGACCAGAUUAUGACAUAUCUUCCACCUGCAGAUGUCUCAAAUGAGAUGCUUGUUUGGUGGGAUGAAGAAUGGGAUGUAGACUGGCACCAUGGACCUUGUAUUGAGAAGGGGUUUGUGCAGGGGUUAGCUGUGCAAGAUGAGGAAAUAAUUGAUCGAUAUGGAGAGCUGAUUGUUAAAGAUAACAAAGAGAAAGAACAUAUAUUUAAAAUCAUUGCAUCUCACAAUUAUCUCAUACCUGAAAACACAUAUGUACUACUUGGUACUCGGCUGAAUCAUGAGCUGGAUCUUGAGUGUUCAGUGCAACAUUGGGCUAUUGGACAUAGAGUGCCAUCUACUAAACAGUUUGAGAAAGUGUCAGUAUUUAAAAUGGCUGAUAAAGAAGCAUGGAGAUUAAAACAUCUGAAUGUUACUAAAGACUGUGAUAUUGUUUUUAUUUGA